AUGACCGCAACACAGACAAUGACCCAGUCGAGGAGUCAUGCAGGACACUCUCAUGGGCAUGGGCAUUCCCACGAUACCGCCUACUUGACCUCCAAGAAUAAGAAUGAUGCUGGUGUCAGAAUAACCAGAAUCGGGCUGUUUGUGAACCUGGCCAUGGCCAUCGGCAAGGGAAUAGGAGGCUACGUCUUCCACUCUCAAGCAUUGAUCGCCGACGGGUUUCACGCCUUGACUGACCUGGUGUCCGACUUUAUGACGUUGGCUACAAUAUCAUGGUCUUUGAGGCCUGCAACAUCUCGCUUUCCGAGCGGCUAUGGCAAGAUCGAAAGCUUGGGUGCUCUCGGCGUCAGUGGUCUACUACUGUUCGGUGGUGUCGGUAUUGGGUUCAACGCCCUGGACGUUCUAUAUUCGCAGCUCUUUCUCGAUGCAGCUGCACAGGCACAUGAGCAUGCAGAACACUCUCAUGGACUAUUUUCCUUCCUGGGCCACAGCCAUGGCCCGGUCGUUCCUGACCUCAACGCUGCAUGGCUUGCUGGAGGCUCGAUCAUUGUCAAAGAGUGGUUAUACAGAGCUACUAUGAAGAUUGCUCGGGAACGCAAAUCGGCUGUCCUAGCCUCGAACGCCGUUCAUCAUCGAGUCGACUCCCUCACUAGCAUCGUCGCACUUGCUACCAUUGGAGGAGCACAUGUAUUCACCGAUGCGUCUUGGCUAGACCCUGUCGGUGGGUUGCUCAUUUCUGCCAUGGUAAUCAGAGCCGGCUGGGGCAAUACUAAAUCUGCCUUGCUCGAGCUGGCGGAUGUCACCGUGGACAAUGAGGUCAAGUCUUCGGUCCGUCGUGCUGCAACAAAAGCUUUGAAGGGUGACCCAGCGCAGGGCGUUGCCCCAGUGAAGUGUGGCGAGCAGGCCGAGAUCAGAGAUAUCCAGGGAACAAAAUCUGGUCAGAACUAUCUCAUCGAUAUUGAAUUGGCUGUGCCCAGCGGCUUGACGCUACAAGAAAUGGAGGACAUUGAGAAUGCAGUCCGAGAAAGGGCAGGUUCGAAAGUCCGUGGUGUCCGACGAGUCCGAGUCAAAUUUGUUCCUGCUGAGGAUACUCAAUCUACUCUUGCUGGCGACUUUAUUCCUGCGGACGUCAGCCCACGGAGCAGUCCCGAGCCAGAAGACGAACACGAGCAUAACCAUGACCAUGACCAUGAGAAGGCGCCUUCAAAUGGCCACGCUCACCACCAUUCCAACGGACAGGCGCAAACCACAAACAGGAGAAAGAAAGAUGAUUGA